AUGCCAUCUUUCUUGGUGACAGGCGCCAAUCGCGGCCUUGGAUAUGGUUUUGUGCAGUGCCUGGCCAAGGAUCCCGAAAAGACCGUCAUCGGCAUCGUUCGGGACAAAGCAGCUGCAGAUAAGUCUGUUGCUGCCGAUGGCCUCACGAACGUCACCAUGAUCCAGGCCGAGGUCACCGACUAUAAAUCGCUGGUGAACGCCAGAGAAAAGGUGGCUCAAAUCACUGGUGGAUCACUCGACUAUUUGAUCAACAACGCGGCGUGGAUUGACCAAAACACCGCCGGCAAGGGUCUGGACGACUUCGAAGAUACACCGGAAACCCUGGAUCGGGGCCUGGUCGAGUCUUUCAACGUCAACGUGGUGGGCGUGAUCCAUGUCACAAACGUCUUCCUUCCGCUCAUCAAGAAGGGUUCCGCAAAGAAAGUGGUCCUUAUCUCCAGUGGAAUGGCUGACCCGGAUCUUGUCAAUUCGGGGAUUUUCGCUGACGGCCCCUACACCAUCAGCAAGGCCGCGGCAAAUAUGGCCAUGUUCAAAUAUAAUGCAAAGUACAAGAAGGAAGGCAUUCUUUUCUUUGCCCUGUCGCCUGGCGUAGUGGCAACUUGGAAGGAAGAAGAAGGAGAGCCCCCAGUGAUCAGUGAACUGAGAAAGAAUGCUCCGGGUUGGAAAGGACCUCUGACACCGCAGGAAUCGGCCGAGGCUUGCCUGAAGGUGAUGCGGGAGUUCAAUGCGGAAGAAAACGGUGGCUCUUUUGUGUCUCACUAUGGGACCAAGCAGUGGUUGUGA